GAAAAGUAUAAUGGCCGCCGAUUCUAACAAACGUUUACUAUCGUUAAAUGUAUUAAGUAUUAUUGACCGGUACAUUGCAUGCUAAUAAGUUAAGUGGAAUCAACGGAACGGGUGAAUAUCGUUAAAAUCGCAGCAAAAUGACGAAUAAAUUGGACGAACUCUAUGAGAAAUACAACAUUUUAUCUGAAGCCAAAGACGACAUCGAUAAGUUCUCCAACGUUUACGUCGAAUGCAUAGAGAGCGUCAAAGGUAGCGAGAAAGAGAAGAAAUUGGCGGCGCAGAUUAUUUCGAAAUUUUUCAAAAACUUCCCCGACCACCAGGAGCAAGCUUUGAACGCCUUGUGCGAUUUAUGCGAAGACGACGAGUCCACGAUCCGCAUUAGCGCAAUCCAGGUCCUCCCGUUGCUAUGUAAAAAUUCCAAAGAACUGACGUUGAGAAUCGCCAAUAUACUGGUGCAACUGCUCGAAUUGGACGGGCAGGACUUCACCACGACUUGCCACUCGUUCAUACAAGUAUACCGAAUGGAGGAUCCUUUGGUUACUUUACGGGUGAUUUUUAACUACAUGUACGGCCUGACGAACAUCCAGACGAGGGAAAAAUGCGUGCAGUUCGUAUACAAAAAACUCGUGAAAAUCGAUGAGAAGAUGACCGCGGAAGUGAACGAUUUGCUUAUCAAGGGAGGAAAGACUAUUUUACAGGAUUCCACCGCAGCGGAGUUUUUAACCAUCAUAAAAUUCCUGACUACUUCUAAGUUGAUAAAAACGACCGCCGGGCAACAGGAAUUGGUCAACGACAUAGCGGACAGGGCGGAACUGGGCAAGGAUUUCUACCCGAACGACGACGAAAAUCUGAAUUGCGAUCGGAUCCUCUUUUGUACCGAAUACGCAUUGCCUCUAUUUAACGCGAACGUCCAAUCGACAGCUUUCGUGAAAUUCUACUGCGAUCAAAUACUGAACAAAUGGGACGAUAUCGGCAAACUCGACAACGGCACGCAAUUGCAGUACCAGUUUUUGAAACAGCUGGCGGAACUGUCGCUCCACUGCGGCGAAUUAGACACGCCAUCGGCUUACGUAGUUCAAAUAUUCGAUAAGUUAAAAAGAUACAUGCCGUUGCCGCCCGAAGACGGAGACAUCGACAACAUGCCGAAUUUGGACUUCACCGCCGUCGAAUGUCUUCUAUUCGCGUUCCACCGAUUGGCCAGACAAUGUCCCGAUUUCCUCACGUCCGAUCCGGCCGUGCUGAAGGACUUUCGAUUGAGAUUGAACUACUUUUCGAGGGGCAUCGGCGGAUGCAAGCGAUCGCUCGAUAAGGUCGACGUGCAGAAGAACGCCGACGAGAAGAUCAAACUGGCCCCGGCCGUGUUGGACAACAUCAACGCGCUGAUCAGGGACCUGUUCUACACGACGCCCAUCUACAAAUGCAACGUGCAGUUGUCGUUUAAAUCGGUCGCACCGAAAGCGAAGGCGAUCGAGAAACCGGAGGCGGCGCCGACGACGGCGACGCAAAAGCGCCACGUUCCCAUACAUUUCGAUUCGAGCAACGGGGCGACGAACAAGCACGCGCGCCCCGCCAGGGGGACGGAUAACGUGAAGAUCUACCAGCCGCCCAGCGGGAAGUUUAGCAACAAUUUCCAGGGUUUCGAACGGCAGGGCGGUCGCGGUGGAAGGGGCAGAGGUAGAGGCGUCAAGAGUACUCGAGGCGGUCCGAGAAAUUGGCGGAAUUGAUGGUGAACCUUGAUGGAAAACUGAUUAUACUUAAAUAAAAUAUAACCGAGUAGGUAAGUUAUAUUAAAGUUGUUUUUCUUCCUUCAUUUUUUCAUUUAUAUGUGAGACUUGUUAAUAAUUUUUUCGUAAUAAAUAAUUAAGGGUUUUUUAUAUGCUAGAAAAUUUUGUGUUCGUUUCCGUUGUAUUUUGCCUGAAAUAGUAAAAUAGAAUAGAAACCCGUGUGAUUUUUUUCAUUUGUGUUUAAUGUAACUCGAAAUUAAUAAAUUAAUCAAUUUUAUCAAAAGCAUUUAUCAAUCGGUUAAGUAAUUAAGGAAUCGUUGGCAUUCGAAAAUCAAACUAUGAAUAUUGUCUUAAAAAUUAUAUAUGUAUAAUAAUUAGGUACAAUUAAUAACAAUAUUUUUUUCAUUUCUUCACAAAUAAACUAUUUUUCUUAAGAAGUAUCACCGUAAUCUCUAUCACCCACGUUGAUUCGGUCGGGGGCAGACGUAACGUUAAAGCCUAAAAUUCGGGAAUCCACUUUCGUCAUUUUCGACUUUUUAUUUUUCUUAUUUUUACCCUGCAAAAAAUUUAGAAAUGUUUAAUUUAAAACAACGAACGCAGCAAUUUAUUCAAACGCCCACCUUAACUUCCUGAAAUUCGGUGCUGUGUUGUAACGAUGGAGUAAUAGCCGGAGCGGGGGCGCACAUAUCGUCCUUGUGAGCGUUAUUCUUGGGCUUGAAUGAGCGCCGCUUCUCCAAAAAAUUCAACGCGAACUGAUGCGUCGCGUUGUUAUCGCCUAAAUACUCCUUGCAGUACUCCUUCACGUCGUACGCCGAUUCGAUAUCCCGCAA